CUAAAUUCCUUUUCCUUCUAAGCUGGAAGAAUUUUCGAGCUUGGAAAAAAAUAUUCACACAAAUUUUAGAUGUGUAAAAUUAUGAAAUUGUAAUACAUUUUGCGGAUUUGCACAUUUUUCAAACAUAACCUAUUUUCGAUCGACUGUUUUGCAUCUUUGUGUCUGCUAUUUGAUUCAAAAGUUUAUUGAAAGAAGAUUUGGUUUAUUUUAGGAAAGGAUUUUAACAUUUGAUGGGGGUUUGAGUCUUAUGAGCCAAAGUUAUUUAUUAUGAAAGCCAUCGCAAAUUUUCUGAAAUUUAGACGAUACUGUACUCAUGAAAAGGUUCAAAGAAAAAUAUUGCCAAUCGUCGACUCAAAAGAAUGUAUUCCAGAACCAGAACUCGAUGUUGAAUUCUUCUGCAAUCCAGCUAACCGCGAUCAAAUUUUUGAGAACAUAAAAAGGAGAAAAAGCUGUGGAGACAUAGACAAGGUUCUUUAUCUUUGUCAAAAGCCUGAAUUGAAACAUUUACUACUAAACGAAUUGAGUAGGAUUCCAAAUCUUACCCACCCUGCGACUUUAAAUAUAGGCAAUCAUCCAGAAAUUUCAAAACUAUGCGGGAGUCCUCCAGAAUUUGAUUUUCAACCCACCGAAUUCGAAAAAUUGGCUGUAAAAAUGCGAUUAUUGAGGAUGGACGCCUUAGGGCCGGUCUCUGGACACAGGAGUUAUAUAUUUUUAGGAGACCUGGCAGAUUUAGAACAAGCACUAAUACAUUAUACCAUAGAAAAAUUGACAACACAAGGGUUCAAAAUCGUUUCGGUACCAGACAUUUUGCCCACGAAAGUUAUAGAAAGAUGCGGUUUAAUCGUCGACGGUGAUAGAACUCUUGUUUAUCAAUUAGCACCUCAUUACGGAGAUGAAUUCAGUCUCUCGGGCACGGCUGAAAUGGCUUUAGCUUAUCAACUUAUGAAUUCUACACUGGAACAUGAUGAAUUGCCGCUAAAAAUGGCUGCUGUGAGCAGGUGUUACAGAGCAGAAGCUUCUAGUCUUGCAGAUGAGCGAGGAAUUUACAGGGUGCAUCAGUUUACAAAAGUGGAAAUGUUUGUCUGUUCGGAACAGGACAAAUCCGACGAGAUCUUCGCUUAUAUACAAAAUAUUCAAGAGAAUUUAUUCACUAGUUUAGGUUUACACUUCAAAGUACUCAAUAUGCCUCCAUGCGAAUUGGGUGCUCCGGCAUUUAGAAAAACAGAUAUGGAAGGAUGGCUGCCUGGACGAAAUAUAUUUGGCGAACUGUCAAGUUGCAGCAACUGCACAGAUUUCCAGUCUCGUAGACUCAAUAUAAAGUACAAAACGAAAGAUGGGAAUUCGGUUUAUGUUCACACAUUAAAUGGAACGGCUUGCGCGGUACCACGAAUGCUAAUUGCGAUUUGCGAAACACAUCAGCUGAAAAAUGGAACAAUUGCCAUUCCCAAUAACUUACAGCCUUUUAUGAACGGCAAAACGGUAAUAAGGCAGCAAGCUGUUCCUGACAUGAGAACGUACAAAUAUAAACCAAAAGUAAUGUAA